CGGGCUGUGCCCGCAUCCUCGGCAUUCCCGGCGGGCCCGGCAGCGCCUCCGCGGCGGCGGGGCUUGGGAGAGCGCCGAGCGGCUCGGCGCGGUGGCACCGUCCCGGGGAGAAGCGUGAGAAGGUAUAGCUUGGUGUUAUGGGUGAUACAGAAGAAGCUAAAAUGCAGAUAGCACCAGAAACUCCCGGACGAGUCACGAUCCUGAAUCCUUUUGAAAGUCCCAGUGAUUAUUACACUCUUCAGGAGCAGAUUGUUUCCAGUCCUUCAGUCUUUAAGUCAACGAAAUCCUCAUCUACACCAGGAAAAUUCAGAUGGUCUAUUGAUCAGCUUGCUCUAAUAAAUCCUGUGGAAAUAGACUCGGAAGACAUUCGACGCCAGGGAAUGUAUUUGAGCCAUGCUAGAAUGGAUAAAGAGACAGAAGACAGAAGGCAAAAAGCUAUUGAGGAGUUUUUCACAAAAAAACUCAUAGUUCCUUCUCCUUGGACUGAACAUGAAGGCAAGCAAGUUUCUCAGUUUAAUUCAACUAAAUCCAUAGAUAUAAAUAACAUUUCUCCGAUUGGAAGACAGCUGAGCUUGCAGGUUGGGAAAAGCAAUGCUGCUUGUCAGACAGUACUGUCUUUGCCAGUGGAUUUUAAUUUACAGAAAAUACUAGGUGAAUAUUUUAGAGCUGAUGAAUUAGCAGAUCAGUCUCAGGAAAAUCUGAGCUCUUCAUCACUCAGAAGAAAGCUGUUUUUAGAAGAAAAUGGGAAUGUAUCUGCAUGUUUGUCCCCUUCUUUGCAUAGUCCAUGUGGUAGUCAGCCACUUGGAGUGCUUUGUUCAAUAGAAUUAUCUCCAGUCCGGUGCAGAAGCCCUCUGGACACAUCUAGUUCAGGUCAGUUUUCAUCAAGUCCUAUUCAGGGAGGAACAAGAGCUUAUAGUCUGGGAAGUAUAACCAGUCCCCCAUUUUCAGAGCGCUCUCCUGCACCUAAUGGUUCUCCUGCUUUUUCACCAAUUGCAUUUCACAUAAGAAAAACACCACUCUCAGACCAGAGAAAAUUUACAUUUCGUUCACCAGAUGUUCCUUCUUCCUCAAGUAGAAUGACACCCCCCAGUACAAGGAGUCCUUACAUAGAUGGUUGUUCUCCAAUUAAAAAUUACUCUCCUAUGAGACUUGGAGCCUGUAGAGGAACUGCCCAAUAUCAGACUUCUGUCAUUAGAAUACCAAUUACAGUUGAGAACCAUGAUGAGGAAGACAAGGAAAACACUUCUCCAGCAGAAGCUCGGUUCCCAGAAAUGGAUAAUGGAAUAAACGUACAUCAGGAAGACAGUGAUACUUUUGCACAUGGUACACAUCUCGUGGUGACAACUGUGUCUAUUGCACCAGAUCACUCAGAAGGUUGUCAUCAAAGGUUGUCAUCAUUUCAGGAUAUAGAAGGUUUAAAGGAAAAUAAUACUGUAGACAUGGCUGAUGCAGCUGAAGUGUCAGAGGAAAACACUUGGAUGAAAGAAACAAUUGGCAGUAGCAAUACACCAAUGACCAGCUUUAUGACAGGCAUUACUUUCAGUAUUGAAAGCUCUCGCAUGUGCAUGUCACCUCUUGCAGAAAGCAGUGCAAUUCCUUGUGAUAACAGUAGUAUUCAGGUGGACAGUGGUUACAAUACACAAACUUGUGGAAACAGCAUUAUGGAUACUGCAGGAGCUGAAAACAGUUGCAGAGAAAAUGAUGUGAACACUAUCGUGUUUCAGAAUAAAUCUCAGCUGCUUAGAACAAAGGAGUGCUCUGUUUUAAGCCAUAAGGACAAUCAGUUGCUGAGAACAAAAUCUCCAGAGAAGCAAUCCUGUUUUCAAAAAGCCAAAACACAUAGCACAAUAUUUGGUCAAAAUGCAACUUGCAACAUUUCUGCUUGGAAACUUAAAAAUGAAAAUCAAGUUCAGGGAUUUCACAAAAGUGGUAUGUAGUUUUCUGAUGGAGAACUUAAUCUGUGGUUUCUAAUGAAUUUUUAUACAUAUGACCUCAAUUACCUGGAUUAUAUAUACUAUUUUGCUUUUAUAAUGCAAAUGUAAUAAACUGUUUGGUAUAUAUUAAGGGAGUUUUUAAAUCAUGUGGGAUUUUCGGGACAGUGUUUUUUUCAGAAUUUUAUUCCUUCUGUGACUAGGGUGGAUUCCAUGAGCAGCCUAGGAUAACUUGCAUAGGAACCAGUGCGUCUGUAAAAUCACUUAUAUUUUAAGAUUUGUCCCUCCUAAAGGCAUGAGGGAAAUUCUUCUUUGUGGGAAAGAAAAAGUGGAAGGGGUAUUAGUUUGGUUUUGGAUUGCUUUUCUUCAACCAGAUAUACUGUGUGGCUUCAUAAAUACUACCACUAGUACCAAGAGUAAGUCACUGGACAGAAGUGAACUGCUGGGGUGUGAUGAGAGCAAAUGCCAAGUUUAGUUCUCUUGGAAAUAUAAAAUAAGCUUUAUGUCAAAAGAAGCUGUUUAGUAAUUCUCUGAACAGCUUUUCCUUGGUUUGACAGAAAUCUGGGAUGUUAGGUUUAAGUAAAAUGUAUUUUUGGUUACCUUAAAAUUAAAAGAUAGUGUUGUUGCUUUGUUAAUUGUAUUAGUACUAAACUCGGAGUUGAUCACCUGACACUACCAGUGUCUCUGAAGAACACUUCUGUCCAAAUUGAUGCUCUGGUACUCUUUGGAAGGAACCUAAAAAAGGUGCAAUAAGAUUCAUUGGUCUCAGUACUAUCACUAAGAAAAUGGUGCAGCCUUUCUUCUAGAAAAGUAAACCAUUAUACUUUUACUUCACUCUUAUGCUUAAUUCCUAGUAGUAUUAUGUUGCUUACAGAAAUUACCAAAAUAUUUAGAUAAAUCCUUAAAAAUAUAAUUAACUUUUGCAUGCCUUUUAUUUAUUACCAAAAGUAUUAAUAAUUAAAUUUCAAGAAAACCAUCAAUGAAUUAAAUUUAUGUAUUUAGAGGGGGGUCAGAAGCCCAGAACUGCCUUUCUGUAAUCAAAUCAGAUUUAGUUGAAUUUGCUUGUAUUUAUUUAAAAGAACCUUCUGGAAUUUAUAAAUGUGAAUAAGGGGAAAAAUCUAUGUGGUAAACUUGUGGAGCUAGUGACCAAGAGGGAAAGAAGAGAUAAGGGAUACACUGGUAUUUCUGGGCUCUGUUUAUGUAGAGCUCUAGUAAACUUUGUUGGAUUAAUGAAAAAGUGUUCCAGAUGAAGCAGUCUUCCUUUCUUUUCAUAGCAAGGAUAUCCCAUACUGGGUGGAAGUUCUGCUUUCUGUUCUAUUCCACAAUCCACAGAGAAAUGUGUAGCAAAGUGACCCGACAGUGGCUGAUGAGCAGCUAUUGGCACACUAGGCCUGAAACCUAUUGGUCACAUCUAAAUUUGAAGGCAAGACAGCAUUUGAAAGAAAAUUUAAAAAGGGGAGGUGUGAACAGAAUCUCUUGGCAUUAAAAUCAGUGUGCUAGACCUGAGAGGUGUGUGUUGUUUGAAUAGACCACUUCUUGAAAUAAUUUCAUUAAUAAUUUCCUAGUGAAGGCUUUCUGAAAAGCAUAUUUAAGAAAAAGGGAAACAUCUGUCUGCAUCACUUGAUUGUAGUUCUCACAUUGCAAAAAUAAAUACUAAAAACUUUACUUUAGAAAUCUAAUGAGCAAACGUGUAUUUUUACUCCUGUAACAGUUUAAUUACUAUUUCUGUAAUGCAUGUGGGAUUGACAGUAAUGGAAUCUAGUGUCGUAUAUUAGUUCUAUUAUCUUCAAACAGUGCUCUACUAGAAGCUGGAAAUACACUGAAUUGGUAACUGUUAAGAAAUGAAUUUUGGUAAAAGUAGGAGAUGAUCUCAGACUUCUGGAAAACUAAUUUUAUAGAAUAGGGCCUUCAAAAUGUUUUAGCUUUAGCGUCUAAGUUUUGUCACUCAAAAGCAGGAUACAACUUGUCUGAGUGACGUAUGAGCUUGUGUAAUUUCUGUUUCUCAUUAUAAUUUUUACAACAAUUAAUUAAAGGGACUGUAAAAAGGAUUUAUUUUUGCAAUUGUGAUUAUUAAAUAGUAAUGUAAAUUUAAUGAAUGUUAAGCAGGGUAGCCCAAA